CCUGGUGGCAUCAUGUUGCUGUGGGGGCCGGAUGGGCAGGGAACUUCUUCCUGACAAUAGCUGUGAUAGUGCUGGGGGUUUGGGUUUCCCAGUUGCGUGUCUCUUGUGAAGGACGGACCAGGAUGGCUCUGAAUACAUCCGAGAAGAGUGAAAGCAGAAUCGUCAAUUGCACUGAAUGCAGCUCCAGCCUGGAGGAUUUCCGGUCCCGCUUGAAAUCAAUUCUAUGUGAACCCCAACAUGGCAGCUUGGCAGGGGAUGCCGGGUGCAAACUCUGCCCCAGGGACUGGCUGCUGCGUGGGGACCAGUGCUACUGGCUGUCCAAAGGGAGUAAAAACUGGGUUGAGAGCUGGGAUGACUGCUUGGGGAAGAGCUCGCGACUGCUCGUGCUCCAGAGCCAGGAGGAGCUGGACGCCAUACAGAAUGUUACACAAGUUGCAAACUCUGUCUGGGUUGGACUUAAAGUGACACCCCCCAGGGAGAAAUGGACCUGGACGGACAGCUCCCGGUUAGACCCAGCGCGCUUCCCCAUCUCAAGCUCUGCUGCUGACAGCAGCUGUGGGAGUAUAAAAGGCAGCCGGAUUCAGUGGGAGACGUGUGACGCUGAGUUCAAAUGGAUCUGCCAGAAAGAAGCUGCCGUGAUAUAAACCAGGGGCCGGCAACUUUUUCAAACCACAGACCCAAACAACAUCCAAAUUCAGAUGUCAUCUGUCAACUUUAUGGCAGAGGGCUGGGGAUGUGGGGUGCAGGAGUUUGGGGAUGUAGGCAUAUGAGGGACUCA